CUCUCUGCACUGUGCACUUCUACUAUAGUAGCCCGCAGCAGAAGCAGCUGUCUUCCAGUUAGCAGUGUUUGUCUCUCUUGUUUGUAUGUAGCUAGGCUACCUAACGUUAUACAUCCGCGGUAUUAACUGGAAGCUCAGGGAGAUAGCCUUCCUGUCAGCAGGACUCCAGUUUCCUGAAUCACUGACCAUUGGAAAAUACUUCUACUGCUCAAAAUGAUAAUGACCUGUAGGCCGUCAGUGAAGCCCAUGACAUGGACAGAGGAAGGUGGGAUCUGAGGACAGAGAAAGUUCACGUGGAGCGAUAAGGAGUGACCAGGGGGCUUGAAGGCUCAUGUCUACUUCACAAACAUUAACACCUCUACACUCUGGCGGCGGAGAACACCUCAGCAUGGUGAAGGCAAUAAAGAUGGAGCUGCUGAGAGCACUCGUCAGUGAGCGUUUGUCUGCAGCUGCCGAGGAGAUCUUCAAGCUUGUAGAAAGAACCAUUACAGAAUAUGAAAAGGAAAUGUCCUGUUCAAAGUGGGUGGUGGACAGCCACCGCAGACUGCUGGAUGGUGCCAAGUCACAUAGUGAAGACUCUUUCCAGAUGCCUGCCUCGGAGGUGAAGCAGCAGCAUGGUGCCAGCGUGAACAUCAGUGUGUGCUGGGCUGAACCAGAAAACACCACGUCAGAGCCAACAGAAGUCUGUCCCAACACAGACAGCACUCAUCCUGACCCGUCUCCCGCCUGUGAAAAUGAUCAAAGUGGUCAGGAGAUACCGAUUGAUAUCCAAGAUGAUGAUGUGAAGCAGGAGCGUGACGUCAACAUGCCUUUGAAUAUCGUCAAAGUGGAAAAACGUCCCGUUUGCUCCAGCGGUUUUUCUUCCACAAAGAUGACGGUACGACACAUCAAAAAGCAUCCAGAGGACAAUUUGUCACUUUACCAGUGCCAGUUCUGUGACCUCUACUUCUGCCACAAGUCUGAAUUUAUCAGUCACACCAGAACACACAACGGUGCCAAACCAUACACGUGCCACGACUGUGAGAAAAGCUUUGGCGAAAGGCAUAGUCUGCUUAUUCACAGACAAAAACACACUGAGGAGAAACCGUAUCUGGGUUUUAGUCCAAAGGUGGAGGCAGAAACUGACCUCAGAUCAGUGACACCUGCCAGUAAGAUUGAAGAGCUGGCCUGCAGACAGGAGGAUUCUGGCAUUAACAUAUUUCCACGUACUGUCACUCCCUAUGACAAAAGUGAGUUUGAUCAGGAGUCUCUGCAGCCCCUGUGUCUUUACCAAAUCCAGACUGUUGCCGAUAUAGAUAAAGACUCCUCAGCUGCAGUAACAGUUGGUCACAUUAAAGCUGAGCCAGCCGGAGCUGAUGCUGGCGUGUCAGACAGUGCCACGUAUGAUCAGCUGCUCCUUUCAGUGAGCCCAAGUGAACAGGGUGACGGUAAGACAGAGCCUAAACAUCUCAACAUUAACGGUAUCCUACAGAGUGGACCUUCUGGAAAAUCCGCAGAGCUCAUCGUUCAUUUUGAAGCAGGAACAGCACAGAAACCUUACAAGUGUCCUUGUUGCACCAAAUGUUUCUCCUCAACUAAGACUUUAUUAAGACACGCAAGGACCCACACGGAGGACAAAGCGUACCAGUGCCACUUUUGUGGGAGGAACUUCUGUCAGAAGUCGGACCUGGUCAAUCAUACAAGGAUACACACAGGAGAGAGACCGUAUCAGUGCCAAGAAUGCCACAAAUCAUUUGCACAGAAAGGCAACCUGGUGGUUCACAUGAGGAAACAUGCAAGAGAUAAACUGUAUCAGUGCCAAGAGUCCAGCCGGAGCUUUAGUCAGAGGUCAUCUUUUGACUGUCACCGAUAGUUUAAGGGGUAUACAGCUUGGUUCUGGGUAUCGAACCUCAAUACUUGGUCUCAGUGAAAUAAAGUCUGUUGCAAGUCAA